AUGCUCCUUCACCAGCACGAAAUUGAUUUCUACUUCCGAGUUCCUGGGGCGGGCAGUCAAGAUUCCAAUGUCGAUUACGGUCACCAAGCUUCCCACCGCAAGUUUCUGGAUGACACAGGGUCAUCUAUGCCAAUUAUAUUCCAGGACGAUGUGGAGCGAAUUAAUUCCUAUGCCGGGGGAUCCAAGCCUCCGUUCUUGUGCUACAUCCACUCAACAAAUGCCGAUCGGGGCACGACGGUCAGUCCAACCUGUCUAAUUGAGUACAACAUCAGGUCGACACUUCCGAACCAUGACUGGAUGCGACCUCCUAAUUCCUGGGUGUCGGUACAGACAGUCAUGAAGCCUCAUUAUUUUAAUCCUGCGAUUGACUAUAGACUGAGUGGUCUGUGGAUGCGGCGCAUUUUGUAUACUGCAACGGCCCCUGAUAACUUAGGCCUAAUAUGUCUCGCUGAGGAUUUCACCACGCUGAUACACUCUCUGCCACAAGCAGAUGUUCGAAAUGCAGUUCCGCAACCAGCGUAUGGGCCAUCAGAUCCGGAAUCCGUCAACACAGCGCCUACAAUCUACGUCAGGAGUUUGAUGAACGUUCAACCAUAG